GAUUAGGGAGAAGAACCGAUGAGCCGCAGCCUAGCCGUGGAUGCAAGAAUGUGCAUCGUACACGUUGCACUUGUGACUUAGUCAACUAGGUCAGUCGACAGGACACCAUUAAUUGUUACCACAUGGCACAUGCCAUGAAGUUGAUCAAUCGGAUGAGAUAGGUAUCGGCAACCUUUGCACCCGGCCCCUCCUCGCCCCAUAUCGUACCAGAUCGGUCGAACGAAACGAUUCUACCUCGUACCACUCAAUCGAUACGGGUGCGAUACGCUGUCAUCGAGCGAACACGUCAUCAUGGUUCUCGCACGGGAACUUCCAACUCGUGUUAUACACACCACCAGCUUCCAUCUGAAGCGAUCAAGGACGCAAUGCUGUUGCCGGUUUGAACAUGAAAUUAUCGAUGUCUGAAGACGGGUGGUGUCAUUUUUUCUCUGUCUUAAUGAGUUUUCCUACAGCCACUUCUGUUGACUGGUCCGACACGGAACAAAGCUUCAAGACUUCGCAAAUGACAAUGUAUACCGGAUUAUGUAAGCCAGCUGCAAUCCCAGCUUCCUUACAUUCCUCUAUCUGGAUUAUUUCCUGGCCUUGGGAUGUAUGUCAUGUAGAUGCUGGAUCAAAAUUGCACUUGUCUUCCGAAAAUUCGCUGCAGCUUUACAUAAAUCUUGUUCUAUUCAGCCUCCAGAAGUUGUGGCGGCAGUCUAUGAAAGGGGCCGGUGGCACAAUAAUCUUGUUUUAAAAUCAAAAACCUUUGGAGCAGUG